UCUAUAAAGGUCGUACGCCAUCGCGUAUCAGCUCCCCUUCACUGUCACUCAUCCAUCUUUCUAGUACUACUGCACCUGUAAAAGUUCAUGGAGAUGCACAGACCACUGCGCAUCCUGUUGCCCAUCGUCGUCCUCGUCGCCGCGGCGUGGCCAUCGGUGCCGGCGGGGGCGGACGACAGCGCCUGGUCCAAGGGCACGGCGACGUUCUACGGCGGGGGCGACGCCUCGGGCACGAUGGGCGGCGCGUGCGGGUACGGGGACCUGUACUGGUCGGGGUACGGGACGGAGACGGCGGCGCUGAGCUCGGCGCUGUUCAACGACGGCGCGGCGUGCGGGGAGUGCUACAGGGUGACGUGCGACGACGGCGCGUCCCAGUGGUGCCUGCCGGGGACGGGGAGGAGGUCGGUGACCGUCACGGCCACCAACCUGUGCCCGCCCAACCACGAGCUCUCCGGCGACGACGGCGGCUGGUGCAACCCGCCCCGCCGCCACUUCGACAUGGCGCAGCCCGCCUGGCUCCGGAUCGCCCAGUACAAGGGCGGCAUCGUGCCGGUGCUCUACCAGAGGACGGCGUGCGUGAAGCAGGGAGGGGUGCGGUUCACGGUGUCCGGAUCCAACUACUUCGUGCUGGUGCUCAUCAGCAACGUCGCCGGCAGCGGGUCGGUGAAGGCGGUGUGGGUGAAGGGGAGCGCCACGGACAGGAUGCCCAUGGCCAGGAACUGGGGCGCCAACUGGCAGUCGCUCGCGGGUCUUGCCGGCCAGGCGCUCACCUUCGGGGUCACCUCCACCGACGGCCGCACCGUCGUCGUCCCCGACGUCGUGCCGGCCUGGUGGAAGUUCGGGCAGUCUUUCACCUCCGGCGUCCAGUUCUCCAACUGAGGCUCGGCUCACUUUGGGAGAAUGGGGCAGCUCAGCCCAGGGAACAGUCACACACCCUCCUCCAUUAUUUGAUUCAGUUUCACGAUUCACUGAUGAUCUGAUGUACCAGUGGCUAUUACUAGUAGAGUGUAUUCUCUAGGUCUUAAUAAAAAGAGGAAUAUCUUCUGUUAUUUAGUGCUGCCAUUCUGGACAGAAGCUACAGUUUCAAGACAAUUUACAAGCUGCUAUCUUAUCUGGAUGCAGGAUGUUACCUUGUGUACUGCUUUUUUGUUACAUCUUCAGAGUUUAUUUGGUAUCGAAAUAAAGCAACGUGGUUUCGUUCUCCA